GUUGGAGGCGGGACCUAACGCCGCGCCGGCCAAUAGCGCGGCGUCAAAUUAGAAGUAAAGGCAGCGCGUGUUGUUCCAGUGUAAUGUAUCGUCUAAUGUUGCUGUAAUGCCCGAUAUUAUCGAGAUAAUACAUUUCAAAUCGUUUAGUUUAUCAACGACCCGUUUCACACACGGUUGUCACCACUUCUCUCUUGCGCCACGGGCAUGACAGCGCUCACGCACCAUUGACACUUAUACCGGGACUGUGAUGUUUGAUUGUUAAGACUUUGAUAUACCGAGUGAUUUAAGUGAUACCAACGUAACGAAUAUGAACAUGUCGCAUUUUGUGGAGGAACCGUCGAGCAUGCUGCCGUCCAGGGAGUCUUACCAGUCGAGGUCUAUGGACACCAAGAUACACGAGAGCAAGGGUUCGUUUUGCAUAGACGCGUUGUUGUCCAAGAACGACGCCGAGCGUCCGUUGAGUCCGACCACUUCAAGGAGUUUGUCUCCUUCGAAUUCCACCAGGAGUCCUAGCCCGCCGAUAUCGCCGGGGAGUGAGGAGGUGCCGCAGACCGGGGGUUUCGUACCACGUCCGGGACUUUUGAAUCAUUUUCAUCCGGCAGCGGCACCGGGGAAUGGGGGUGGAUUUUAUGGGUAUCAUCUUCAGGGGCAGCCUGGGUCCACGUCCGGGUUCUAUGGGAUGGAGGGUCAGAAGGUCCAAGUGGGUGCUUCGCAUGGUCAGUUGCAUCCGAUGCAGUUGGAAUGGUUGAUGGCUAGGACCGGCAUGUAUUUUCCUAAUCCGAGGUUUCCAGAUUUGAGCGGUUGUGGUCCAGGACAUGCCUUACUAGGGAAGACGAGAAGGCCAAGAACAGCUUUCACAUCCCAACAAUUAUUAGAAUUAGAAAGACAGUUUAGACAGAAUAAAUAUUUAUCUAGACCGAAAAGAUUCGAAGUUGCUACAAAUUUAAUGUUGACUGAAACACAGGUGAAAAUAUGGUUCCAAAACAGACGGAUGAAAUGGAAGCGCAGUAAAAAAGCCCAACAAGAAUCAAAAACAACCAAAGACUCCGAGCACAACAACAGUACAAAACAAUCUUCCAACCAAAGCAGUAACACCAAUAAUUCUAGCAAGAGCGCACCAGUACCUCAAACUGAAACGAUGUCUAGUGAUAAUUCUUUGCCAAGUUUGAUGGAACACGCCACUCAAAACGGUUUGAGGAAAUUACCUGAAGGCGAAUCACUUUAUCGACCUUACGUUGUCUGAAAAGAAAGCAUUUAAAUGCCUACCCCCUCCAUAUUGGAGAAGAGCUUUUUUUUGACUAUGUUAAAAGAUGAUUGAGUGAACAUUUUCGUUUCGAAAUCUUCAUCGAGUGGUUACAAUGAGAUUUAUCAAAAACCAAAAAAACCAUUAUGUUUUAAUUUUAAUGGUUUUUUUUGUGGAAAUCAAUCAAAUUUCUAGUGGUUUUUGAAAUGACCUAUAGACUUUUUGUAACUACAAUCCCUUGUAUAUACUUGAGAAUAAUUUAUCUGUUAGAAGUAUUGAUUGAAUGUAAAUAAUGUAAUAUUAAAGUUCCUAAUAUAUAAACCAUUCAGAAUAUUGAAAUUCUUAUAAAUAAAUGACCUACAAAACCAA